AUGUGGCUGCAGAACCUGCUUCUCCUGGGCACUGUGGUCUGCAGCAUCUCCGCACCCACCCGCCCACCCAGCCCUGUCACCCGGCCUUGGCAGCAUGUGGAUGCCAUCAAGGAGGCCCUGAGCCUUCUGAACGAGAGUAAUGACACUGAUGCUGUGAUGAAUGAAACAGUAGAAGUCGUCUCUGAAAUGUUUGAGCCCCAGGAGCCAACAUGCCUGCAGACUCGCCUGGGGCUGUACAGGCAGGGCCUGCGGGGCAGCCUCACUUCGCUCAAGAGCCCUUUGACUUUGAUGGCCAGCCACUACAAGCAGCACUGCCCCCCGACUGAGGAAACUCCAUGUGAAACCGAGAUUAUUACCUUCAAAAGCUUCAAAGAGAAUCUGAAAAAUUUUCUUUUUACCAUCCCUUUUGACUGCUGGGAGCCAGUCCAGAAGUGAAGCAGGCCAGAUCAGCCAGAAGUCAGCUUGGGAGCUUACCUCACAGACUGCUGCCCUCCUACCCACAAAGAGCCAAACAAAACUCAGGAUCUUCACCUUGGAGGGACCACAGUGGGGGCCAGGGCUGUAGGGGGCACAGAUUGCUCUGGGUCAUGUCGACCCCGAUACGGCCAUGGUAGGGGAA